AUGGGGCAAGUUACUGAUCAACCUCAAGGAUUCAAAUUCAAAUUACCGAAAUUCAACAGAACCAAGGCAAGCGAUGAGUUGAAAACGGCUGAGACAAGGCAUGACCCUCCUGCCGACAAGGGCAAGUGUGCGAUUCAAUAUUUGAUCGCUAUGCUCACUGUCGAAACAUUUGUGUGGGGAUUUGCCACCUCGUUUGGAGUGCUACUCAAUUUUUACCAACAUGAUCCGCGUAGCCCGAUAAAGCCAGAUCCACAUGCCAAGGUCAUCCUAACUCUUGUUGGAACAAUCAACACUGGUAUCAUUGCUGCCACAUCACCCUUAAUCUCGUUUUGGAUCGCCAAGAAGCCAGGCAUAAGGCGUCCAUUGAUGUUUUCGGGUCUGCUAACAUGCACCCUGAGUUUAUUCUUUUCUGCUUAUUCUACUUCUGCCUUUCACGUUCUCUUGAGUCAAGGAAUCGGAUACGGUAUUGGCGGAUGCGCGUUAUAUUUCUCGGCACUCUCUCAUCUCCCGGAAUGGUUUGAACAACGAAGGGGGUUUGCAAACGGAGUGGUUUUCACGGGGAGUGGCUUGGGAGGAUUGGUCUUUCCUCUUAUGUUAGACAGUCUUCUUGCGAAGUUUGGCCCGAAAGUCGCCUUGCAAGUUAUCACGGCGCUGUUUGCAAUUCCGCUGUUGGUCGCGGUUUUCUUCAUACGCCCGAGAAUUGCGAAUGGCCACCAGCGCCACGAUAGCUCGGAUCAAUCUCUUGCCAGUUCAUCUGAAAAGCAGGCCACACCAAGCUCCCAAAACUUGUUCCGCAAUUUUUAUGGUUGCUUAACCGGGAUAUUUUGGACUUAUAUAUUUUUAAACACAGUCCAAUCAACCGUAUAUUACCUACCAGGCUUGUACCUUCCCACCUACAGCAACUGUCUCGGCCUUGGUAGCAUGACGGGAAGUUAUCUGGUUUCCAUUUUAAAUGCGGGAACAAUAUUCGCGCAAUUCGCAGCUGGUGUUCUAUCAGACCAUUAUUCGCCCUUCCUCAUUGGUCUUACAGCCAAUGUCCUGGGGGGUGCUAGUGUUCUCGUCCUGUGGGGUGCUUUGAGCCAACAUGGAAUCGUGUUGCUAUUUGUUUUCGCGGCUAUCUAUGGCUGCACGGCUGGUGCAUGGACGAGCUUAUAUUUUCGGGUUUUGAAACAUUUCAUCCCGGAUCCGGAGUUGUUGUUUUGCGGCUACGGAAUCCUUUCCAUGACUCGAGGAAUCGGUAUUAUUCUGGGAGGGCCGAUCUCUUCGGCACUCGUUUCUUCGACUCCGACAGAUCCGCACCAAUGCAGCAGUUUCCCUAAAGGCGUGGAACAAAAGAUGUCAAUCAAGAUGCCUGCCUUAGGCCUGCAUCAAGAGUCCCCCAUCAAGAUCCUUGCACGAUAG